AUGGCUGAGACCAAGGUGGCGACAUUCAACGAUGUCUUCUUUGGACAAUGGUCUCUUCCCAAGACUGAUUCUUUCAUGUCCGAAUUCGUUCCUUUAUCUUUCAAAUUAGCCGUUUUUUAUAUUAUCAGUAUCUUCGUAGGACAGAGAAUUAUGAAAAAUAGAAAGGAAUACAAACUUGACAACGUGUUGGCCAUUUGGAACUUCAUGUUCUCCAUUUUCUCCGGAAUCGCUGCUUACAAACUUAUUCCUGAGUUGGUUUCCGUUUUCAUCAAGGACGGUUUCGUUGGAUCUUAUUGUAACAACCACACUUACUACACCGACCCAUCCACUGGAUUCUGGGGAUGGAUGUUCGUAAUGUCCAAGCUUCCAGAAUUGGGAGAUACUUUGUUCCUUGUCUUAAGAAAGCGUCCAGUCAUUUUCAUGCAUUGGUACCAUCAUGCUGCUACUUUCGUUUACGCUGAGAUGACCUAUGCUGAACAUCAGGCUUGGGCUAGAUGGUCUCUUGCUUUGAACCUCACUGUCCACACUAUCAUGUACUUCUACUUCGGAAUUCGUGCUUUGAAGAUUAGAACACCUGGACUUGUUGCCAAGUUCAUUACUACUAUUCAAAUUGCUCAAUUCGUCAUCAGUUGCUACAUCUUCGGACAUUUAGUCUACAUCAAGAGCUUCGACGUCAUUCCCUCCUGCGCCGUUAGUUGGAAUGUCUUACUUAUUGGCGGAGUUAUGUAUCUCAGCUAUCUCUACCUCUUCGCUCAGUUCUUCUACAGAGCUUACAUCGUAAAGAAGCCACCAACCAAACAAAAAACCAACUAA